CCGGGGUUCUCCAUCAGAUGCCAUCGCUCAACCCGUCGCCCUCGUCUCUCCCUGGUUUAAAUCUUAUAAUUUCCGCGGGUUCGAGUGGCCUCGACGAAUAAUAUUAUAAUGAACCAACCACCGAUCCCCUACCCACAGCCCUUCCCCCAGCAGUUGCCCGCCGCUUCAAAUCCUCCCGGCUAUCAUCCCAUUCACCUCCAACACCAGCAUCAGCACCACCAGCAGCACCAGCAUCAGCAGCAUCAACAGCCUCAACAGCAUCAACAGCAUCAACAGCAUCAACAGCCUCAGCACAUCGCCCCGCAGCCUGUUCAGUCGAUGUCCUUCUACCCGAACCCCAACCUGUACGCCCAGGAGACCCUCCCGCCCCAGAUCCACCAGCAGCACCAGCCGCAACAACAGCACCAGCACCAGCACCAGCACCAGCACCAGCAACCACCUCAACCGCAACCUCAGCAGCCUCAGCAGCAGCAACAUCCCUUCCCGCAUGUCGUCGGUGCUGUUCCACCACAUGCCGGCGUGGGUGGAGCCAUGAUGAUGUCCCCGGCGCCGCUACCCCAUCAUGCGUCUGCUAAUCUCCCUCACCACCCAGGUUUCUCCCAGCCCGCGUUCUCCCAUCCGGGGGUGCCCACUGUAUUAGGCCAGACCUCUUUGCCCCAGACGCCUCACAGCACCAAUGCCCUUAAUAAUGGCACCGCUUCGUUUGUCCAACCUCCGGCAAUGACUACCGCUAGUGCGUCUAGGCCAGUAUUUACAACUCCUACGCGGCCUGCCCACCUCGCCGGCCAGAUGCAGGCCCAAACUCCCACACCCUCCCAUCUGCAGUCCUCUCCCUCUCCCCACCCGCCUCAGCAGACACAAGCAGCACAGGCCGCGCAGGCCGCCAUGGCUGCGCGAGAGAAGGCUCGCGUCACGACUCUGCUGGAUAUCAAUUCUGCUCUGUUGCAGGAAGUUGUAAACCUCCAGUCCGCCGGGAAGACAGGAGGCUCGAACCAACCGGCCAAUCCGUCCACUCAGGAACAGUCAGGUGCCCACUCUCCCGCCGACCCAGCGGUCGCGCAGUCUCAAAACUCCGGUCCGCAGGCCGCGAAGCCCGGUGGCAAGUCAACCCAGGAAUACGUCGACUGCAUGCGGCGCUUACAGGCGAAUCUGGCAUACCUCGCCACCAUCGCUGACCGAGCCAAGAAGUCCGGCGUGGCAGCACCUCUGGCACCUGCCAUCAUGACUCCACCACCGAGCAUGCCCGGUCUGAACGCGAUAUAUGCGCAGUUGAAUGAGCUCUUCCCCGAGGCAGCCAAGGCUACGGCGCAGGUACCACCGCAGCCACGUCAAAUGCAAGUGCAGAAUGUGCCCCACUUGAUGCCACAGGCAACCCAGCCGAUGCAUGGCCCAGAGGGAAUGGCACCGGGAGGUAUGGGCGUCAUGACUGGAUGA